AUGGAGCCAAAUCAACAAAGGAUCGGCUUGAGAUCACUCCUGAUGCUGUGGUGCCUGGCAACGUGUUCGAGAGGCCAGAGCGAGGCGGACUUCUACACAACGGUGUCCAGGCUCUCCGACCUCAUCGACAUCGAGAAACACGUAAAGGCAGACCUCGUCAGAUAUGUAGAACGCCUAAAAGUUGUUCAAGACAACAUAAUCAAUUUCGUCCAGGACAGGCAGCCCUACGACGACUUGAAGUCACCGUCCGCCGUCUUUGACUACCUCAAGCACCCGGUGCAUGCCUUCCACUUGAUCAAGAGGAUGACCGCUGGUCUUGGGGCCAUAGAAGCACAGAUCAACAAAACGCGAAAGUGUGGUGGGUCUCGUGUUUUUCUUUUUCAGCAAUAAUACGAGCAUAUGACACAUGAAUAAGUCAAGAGAUCAGUUACGGCCCACGUUUUUUCUUGGUGGCUUGCUGUGG